GGGGCGGAGUUCUUGUGUUUUCUCGUUGCCUAAGAGAAGAUGUUGUAUUGUUGGUCCAUAACUGUCUGAAAUCGCAAACGGAAAUUUGCCAUCUGACACUUAGAUUGGGACUAACACAAGACUUGAAACAGAUUAGGAGUUUUUCUCAACCUCUGGGCUAUCGGUCUGCGCAUUCUGUCACUUUGUGACAAUGCACACCACACGCAGCCCCACGUCCAUUCCCUCUGGAGGAGCAGGGGAUGCGCCAGACCUCAGCCUGACCGGCUCCCAGCUCUCUGUGACCAAGAGGCCGAGCAGUGCCUCCCCGGGCAAAUACUUCUCCCGCUCCGUGUCGGUAUCCGUGGCCAGUGAAGGAAGAGGAAAACGCAAUACACUGGGCGAUGUUGCAUUCAGUGGCUCCCGCUCCAUCAAGAACCUACGGCGCUCCAACAGCACCACCCAGGUGAACCAGCAGGCCCACGUCAGCCUCAGCGAGGAGCGCUCGGAGGACUUCCUGGCCUUGUUCGACAGCAGCUCGAGCGGCCGCCGCAAACUAGCCAGUCUCAGCAAGGCCUCCCCGGACCGAACCACCUGGAACAUUCUGGAUGACCAGCCGCGGGCGUUCCCUCUGCCCAGUAGCUCCCGAAGUGUGGGUAGCAUGGACUCCCCCACCGGCCCCAAGAAGAGGGAGCCGGGCAGCAGCGGCGUGACCCUGGCUGCCAACUUCACCGCCAACAACAGGAGUAACAAGGGUGCAGUAGGGAACUCGGUCACCACCAUCAUGCACAACAACUACUCUGAGAAGCCCCUCACGCCCAAGAGCUCCAACCAGAAGCCCUCCUUCAAUAACAUAAUCAAGGCCACAGUGCACGAUGAGAGUUCCUUGGAGAACGGUUCCCUCACUAAGUCCCAGAAGAACUUCUCCUCCUCCUCGUCGGCGUCUAACAACAACGCCCUGCGCAGCCCCUCACAGCCCCGCAGGAGGGAGGUCAGCGAGGAAGAGGCAGAGAGGUUCAUCCAGCAGGUGAACCAGGCUGUGGUCACCAUCCAGCGCUGGUACCGACGCCACAUGAGGAGACGCCAGUCCUCAGCGGUGGCCCUCAGACGGCUCCUCAUCAGCAAGAAGAAGGAGCGUGAGCAGAGACUGGAGGGAGAGAGGCCGCCGGAGAAGAGGAAAGAGGAGGACAGGAAACGCAUCAGAGAGGAGAAGGCUCGUCUGGCGCGCCUCGCGGCCAUCCAGGAGCUGCAGCAGAAGAGAGCUCAGCGUGCGGCGGAGGUGCAGCAGACGGCGGAGGAGGAGCUGGAGGCCCUGAGGCGCGCUGGGAAGGUUGGCCGAAAGAAGUCCUCCAAGAGCUCCCCGACCAAUCAGCUGCCUGGCUCACCCACCGACGCCAAAGCCAAGAACACAGAUUCAAAUGUUAACGUGGUCCCAGACCUGGAUGACAUCACAAACCUCGGGACAGUGUCGCCAGCGUUGUCUGGUCGUCGUGAUUCCCAGUGCUCUCAGGAGAUUCUGGAGAGGUCUGUGAGCAUGGAGGACCAUAGGCAGGGUGCGUCGUCGAGCCGCGCCCAGUCCAAGACCAACCUCAACGACCUGCUGGACACCAUCAAGCUCCUGGAGGAGGAACCGGAGAGCCUGUCGGAACACAAGAGCUACAGGAAGGAGAAAUACGCCUGGAUUGAUGAGGACGGGGACUCCACCUAUCUGACAGCCGACAACCUGGAACUGCACGGGCAGCUCAGCCACCCCCCAGUCCUGCCUGAUGGGGGCGCCCUUCUGUCGGAGGCCAAGCUGCAGAGCAUCAUGAGCUUCCUGGACGAGAUGGAGAAGUCAGAGCAGGAGCGCCCACGCUCCGUCACCUCCGGCUCUCAAAGAGAGGCUCUGCUGUCUGAAGAGGAGUUGGCAGGUGUGGAGCAGGCCUCUGCUACUGCUGCUGAAGUGACGGGCACCAUGAUGAGACUGAAGAUGGAUCUGGAGGAAAGGAAACGCACCGUCAACAUGCUGCAGGCUGCACUGAAUCAGCAGCGGGAGCUGACUAUCCGUCAUGUGAAGGAGACGGAGAAGGAGCUGAACCGUACCAUUCAACAGCAGAGAGAACAGUACGAGGCCACUAUCCAGAGACACCUCAGCUUUAUUGACCAGCUGAUCGAUGACAAGAAGGCGUUGAGUGAGCGCUGUGAGGGGGUGGUGGUCGAGCUCAAGCAGGUGGACCAGAAGUACACCAAGAAGAUCGCCCAGAUGCAGGAGCAGCACGAGAUGGUGUGGCAAAUACUGGGGCCCUUGUGUGAGGAGAUCAAGAAGCUGAAGGAGCUGAUGAGUGCCACGGAGAAAGUCCGCCGUGAGAAGUGGAUCGACGAAAAGACCAAGAAGAUCAAAGAGAUCACCGUCAAAGGCCUGGAGCCUGAGAUCCAGAAGCUGAUCUCGCGGCACAAGCAGGAGCUGAAGAAGCUGCGGGUGCUGCACGAGGCCGAGGUGCUGCAGGCGGACGAGCGCGCCGCCCAACGCUACGUCCGUCAGAGCGAGGAGCUGCGCCUGCAGCUGGAGAGGGAGAAGGAGGAGCAGUGUCACAGGGAGAGGGAGCUGGCCAAACAGAGGUUCGAGAAGCAGCUUCAGGAGGAGGAGACGACACUGCAGCAGCAGAAGAGGCGUUUGUAUAAGGAGGUGGCCGAGGAGAAGGAGAGGCUCACCCAGCUGGCAUCCAGGCAGCGGGCUGAACUGGAGGAGCUGAGGAAGCAACUGGAGGAUAACAGUUCCCACUCGAGCCGUGCUCUCAGAGAGGAGCUGGAGAAGAGCAGAGACGAGCAGGAGAGGAGGCACCAGAUCGAAAUAAAGGCGCUGAAAGAAAGACUGGAGAUUGAGAAACAGACUUGGGAGGAGAACUACAUGAAGAAAGAGGAAGCGUGGCUGCUGAGCAGAGAGCGCGAGCUGAAGGAGGAAGUGCGGCGGGGGCGGGACAAAGAGAUCGAACUGGCCAUUCAGAGGCUCGAGGAGGAGACGAGUGGUUCCCGCGACGAGUGUGAGAGAGCUGCUGACAACAGGGUGAAGCGUGUGCGUGAGAAGUACGAGGCAGAGCUGCGGGAGCUGGAGCACUCGGAGCGCGUGGCCCAGGAGAAGCAGCAGGAGCUCAGGAGGAGACACAACGACACGGAGGGAGAACUGCUCCGCCUGCAGACCAUAGUUAGACAGAGAGAGCAGGAGGUGCAGGACGUCACUGAGUCUCGGGACAAGCUGUCGGAGGAGCGGCGCAGGCUGGCGGAGGUGAUCCGGCAGGAGUUCGCCGAGCGGCUGGUGCAGACGGAAGAGGAGAACCGGCGGAUGAAGGUGGAGGUGGCGGAGGUGCGCGCACGCCUGCGUCUGGAGGUGGAGCGCGUCUCCAGGGAGAAGGAGGAGGAGCUGGCCGAGGUGCACCUACGAGUGAAGUCAGCUAUCCUAAAGAAGGAGGACACCGUCAACAACCUACGCAAACAGCAUGAGGCGGCGCUGAAGAGAGCUGAUCACCUGGAGGCGUUGCUGGAGCAACAGCGGAAGCAACUGCUGGGGAAAUAGCACACUGGGCGGGGCCUAUCACACAGGCCACGCCCCUCCAUUCCGUCCACCUCUCUCCUCAUUGGACGGACCAGUUCUCUCUCCCCUCAUCUGUAUCCAGUCGAAUUCAGAGAAGGAACCGAUGGAGGAAAGACACCACAGAAAUGACUUGUCCCAAUCGGGCAUUCUGCUGGGCAGAAAGGCCCACAGGGAACCCAAAGGAACUCUCUAGAACUGUAAUUUAUCGCAGUCCCACGGGAAAGACGUGUACUUUGAAAUGAGAAAUAACUUUUUUUGUGUUCUUCUCUUUCUCAUGCCUCAUUUUAAUAGUUCCCCCUUCCUCCUUUUUUUGUGUGGAUGGUCUGUCUGGUCGCUCCAGUUCUCGGUCAGAGUUCUCUAUGCAGCCACACAGAACGGGCACUCAGCCAGGAAAUGGCUCCCUUGUGUUCCCUAUUACCGCCACAGCCUCUCCUCUUCGCAGACGCGCACACACACACACAGAGACACACACUUACACGUAUGCACACAUAUGUAUGCAUACUUCUACAGAGAGCAGUUCCAGAUGUUCCCAGGCCAUCCCCUCCCCCUCCCCCACAGCCUAGGCUGAUGAAUGGUAUCAGUGCUGGGGCAGGGUGGGGGGGUUAAGUGGAGGGAACAUGGGGGAGAAAGAGUGCAGCUUGGAGGCAUGGAUUCUAAAGCCCCAACCCCCCACCUCUCCACUAGUCCUUCAAAAAAAAAACGUUAACCCUCCUGGAGCCCGCAGUGGCCUUUGUGUGGCCUUCACAAAUGCCUUUUGUUCCAGUGUCCCCCUUGAGGUUGUGGCUGUGCCUGAAUCGCAAGGAGCUGCCUGGAAGCCAGAAACCCAAGCACCCACCCACCCCCAAAGUUUAGCACAAACACACACGGCUCUGUAAACACACACGCCGUUGGCCUCCUCACUCCAUCCUCGCUCAGAAGUCUCCAGGUGCCUGUAUCUAAUGUAGGGAGUAUGGAGCCCGCAGCUGUAAAGCGAUAUGACUAACUUUAGUGGACAGACAGCUAACUAACUUAAGCGGAACGGAAUUGAACUAACAGGAGAAGUUAGAGCAUAGGGAAGAGUGAUUAGGCAGGUAGGGGAAGUGAACUAAGGUUUGGAAAGAAAGAGAUAUACAUAUAGCUCUUAGGGGUGAAACUGAAGGGAAGAAAGGAUUGUUGAAUUUGAGACAGGAGGAGAGAAGAGGGGGAUGUUUUUUGAGGGAAUACACACAGGAAGUUUUUAUAGGAUUAGGAAAGCAAAGCCUGGAGACUGAGAGCAGGGGUACUGUGAGGGGGGUUGGUGUGGGGUAGUGGGCGGUUGAGUGUGUGAAGGGUGUGUGUGUGUGGGGCGGGGGGGGGGGGGGGGGGGUUGGUGGUAUCAUGUGACCUAAGCCAGCCAUAAAGAACUUAAGGGUGCGCCACCCUCUGCAAUCUUACCCCAGCAAGCCUGUAUGAACACUGGAACAAAAAGGCAACAAGAAGAAAAUAAAGGAGGGGUGUAGGUGGCGGGGGUUUCCUGUCCGUGAUCUCUCCCGCUCUGUGACUUUUCUGUCGUCCUCUUUCUGACUUUCCAUCCAUGGGCCUUUGAAUAAAUGUAUUCUCUCCCCCUAAACAAAGCCAAUGCUGGUUCUCACUCAUAUAGAUGUUUAUUUAUGGCUCUGUGUAUCACCUUCUGUGCUUGUGCCCACCAUUUAAAUUUCUUUCUCUUUUUGUUUAACUUUUUUUUUCUUUGGCCUAAUGAAGGAAAUCGGUGUUGCAUUUCAGCCGAAAUGGCACUUAAAGGAACUGCGUCUGAACUUCUCAGAUGUAGCGGAGACCAUUGGCACAGGAAGUGAGCUUGGUUGCAGUCAGUCAACCACACACUCCACCGGGGUGUAGCACCAGGUUAGCGGUUAAAGGUGGCCCCGAACAAAAGCCGUUCAGGUGUACGUGUGUGUGUGUGUGUGUGUGUGCUCGCACACUGGCACCCUCCAACGUGAACCACACCAUCAUUGUGUUGCUCUCAACACAGUGUGGCCUAGAGGCUUUUAAAUUAUUCAUGUGCUGUGCACAAGAAAAUGUGUUGCUGUUGCUGAAUGUUCAGCUUGUCCGUUAACAAAAAAAGAAAAAAACACUACAAAAUCGAAGCUUUCAAAAUCUUCCUAGCCCAAGAGCUGUUGUGGUUGUAGGCUUUUUUUUUGUCUUUUCCUCAGACUUACCAUUUUCGAGUGGUUUCGGUUCAUCAGAUUUCCCUGAUACCUUAUUUUAGAUAAAAAUGUAUAAAAGCACAAACGUUAAGGGUGGUGUGGAAGGGUGAGACAUGAUGAUUGUUGAUGAUUGUAGCAGUCGUCUUACAACUGCAUUUGAGCACCCAAGAGAUGGUGUCUCCUUGCCACUCUCCUCAUUGGAGAGGGGGGGUGGGAGGAGGUGCCUGGAGGUGUUUUUUUCCUCUCUGAAGUUUGUCCUCCUCCCCGUCUUCCUCUUUGAUGUGGAGUGGCAAUGAGAGAAAACCUUAAUAAGCAUGGCCAAACUCUUAAUAACAAACGCACCCAGCAGAGUGCCCUCCUGGGGGGGGGGGGGGGGUGGGCUACAACCUUCCCAACCUUCUGCCGCACUUCACCAAAAUGCUUGGUGUUGGCGCUUUGUUGUAAAACCUUCAGUGGGCACAGUGGAGGAAUACUCUGGAAUGUUCCAGAGGCCUUUGCUGGCAGCUGCUCCAAGGACCUCCUCCAUUGUUGUGUUGUCCGUGAGGGCAACUGUGGUUGGCAUUUCUGAAGCGCAUGCCAGUCCCACUCGUGCCAAUGAGUUCUGCCUUUGUGUCGCUGACUGCCAUGACCCCAAAGCCAUCUUUCUUUUUUUAGCCCCGAAACACUAGCAUAUUAUUUUGACUAAUUGGAAAUAGUUGAUUGUCUUUCACGAUUUUUGUUUGUUUAUUUUUUUUAGGUAGUUUUUUUUCUACUAUUGUUUUUAUAUGAUCUGUAUUUCUUAUGUGCCCUUAUAUUUGUAGCUCUUGCCUCAGUUGUACUUGUUUUAUGAUGAUUUAAGUGAACGUUAACUGUGAUGGUUUUGAAACUGUGAAAUGAAAGAUUAUUUGAGAAUUUAAAACAAAAUAUUGAAACGUCAGUGCAGAGAAUUGAUAAUAAAAUUGUAAAUUAAAA